AGGGGACUAUUGAGUCAUGAUAGUAGGCACCAAGUCUCGUCAUCAUAUACUGUAAACUUAAUACGUAUUAUAUAUUUCACAAAUUAGGUGAUGGUAGAACGCGACAUUGAACGUUUGAAAUUAGAAUCUUGUUCAAUUAUGAAUUUCCUCAUGGUAUGCCAAGCAGCCAAGUAGUGGUGAAUGUGAAGCUUGAAAACAACACGUAAUGGGACAGAGAGCCAAAAAACGUGGUGUUAUUGCAGGGGUCAACAUGAAUUCCAAAGUUCAAGGACACACGUCAAAGUCCACUGAAAUUGUGACUGAACCCUCGUCCAAACGAGUGCCGCUAAGUGUCAUUGUGCUGGUAGGGCUUACAAUUCUUAUAGCAGUGAUAUAUCCUCAGUUAUCAGAACUUGCUUACGGGAGGGUUACGAAGUCAGAACAGCUAGAGACAGACGGCGAUUCAAGAUCAGCAAAAGACACCACUUCUAUACGCGAUGACGUCGCUGACAAUCUAUCUGAUUCAAAACAGAAUGAUCCACUGGUUGAAGAAGACGAUGAUCAUCAGACAACAAACGAUUUAAAGAGAGCGAUACAUUUAGCGGACGACGGCGAUGAAGAAAUGCCUGUAAAAGAGGAAAUUAUACAAUCAACAGAAAAUAAACGACACAACCCGUCCAGAAAGAACAGCGCAUCCUCUCAAAAUAAAAACACUAAAUCGAAAACAAAAUCUUCAGGCGAUACAUCAAAGUCGACCAAGAAAGGAGGAUCCUCUAGUAGUCCAACAAAAAAACAGACUAAGGAUCGAUCGAAUGAACAAGAUCUGCCAAAAGAAGUCAGGGACUUCAAACCAACUUUCCAAAAGACGAUGUCCCCAAAGAAAAUCUUCGCAGAUGGAAGGAGAUUGCCACCAAUUGAACUGUUACCACAGAAACCAAACAACAGCAGCGUUAGAGUGUUCUUGUAUAACGAAUUUCUGUCGGAGGCCGAAUGUGACGGUCUCAUGAAGGUCCACGACAGUCACAUUGCUCAAGCCAACAAGCAUGAUCCCUUUGUCUGCUUUGAUUCAAUAGCUACACUUAGACAUCACCUCAAGGCAAACGGCGUCAAGGUCAAGGUCACUCCUCAAGACUUUAUGCCAGGUACUCUGUGUAUGAAUGCCACCUUCUCCAGUCAACUCAAGUCCUGGCUUCACUCCAACUGGAGUUACAGUACGGCGUUCUAUCCUGGCGAGAGCAGGUUCUCCAAAGUGUUCGAAUACAGGGUUAAAGAGGCGACAAGCCUACUCCCAGAAAAUGGCGGAAAGUUUCAGAUAACGUCAUAUCCCGUUGGAAUAGGAUACAAGACGCACACGGACUGUACAGAAAACACGGACGAUCAGCGCGACCGCAUGGCUACGAUACUGGUUUACCUUCAGGACGUGGAGGAGGGCGGGGAGACCAUGUUUCCGGAACUAGGUAUUUGGGUAAAACCAAGAAAGGGAAGAGCACUUGUUUGGAAUAACAUGAAUGAAGACGGAAAGUGUGAGCCAAUGUCGGUACAUAAGGCAGCCAAGGUGGAUAAAGGUCACAAGUAUAUUAUACAGAGAUGGUAUUAUUACAAAAGUUUUUAUUCGCUGGGUAAGCGACCACCGGAGCCAGAAUUACCUCGUCGGGCAGAACUACAGGGGCGUGUCUCGUGUGAUGAAUAUCAUCAUGGAAGUUGUCGUUGGUAUGAUGAGUGGAACUACGAUCACUUGGUGGAUUAUAUUAACCGGAAGGCCACGUUAAUCUGA